AGGGAAAGCGGAAUCUACACCUUCCCCGCCUGCGGUAGCAACUGCAGAACUAUAGGAGACAAUCUUUCUAGACAAGGCAGUUGAGGCGGAGGGAGCGACUGGAGAGGGGGGGUUGGCCUGGCGUGCACUCUGCACCUCGGGGACGUUACUGCGCGUGGAACGGCUGCUUUUGGAAGACUCUUGCCGAGAAGGAAAGAUGUUUGGUUUUCACAAGCCAAAGAUGUACCGAAGUAUAGAGGGCUGCUGCAUCUGCAGAGCCAAGUCGUCCAGUUCCCGGUUCACGGACAGUAAACGCUAUGAAAAGGACUUCCAGAGCUGCUUUGGGUUACACGAGACUCGUUCAGGGGACAUCUGUAAUGCCUGUGUCCUGCUUGUGAAAAGAUGGAAGAAAUUGCCCGCAGGAUCAAAAAAAAACUGGAAUCAUGUGGUGGAUGCAAGGGCAGGACCCAGUCUUAAGACUACACUGAAACCAAAGAAAGUGAAGACUCUAUCUGGAAACAGGAUAAAAAGCAACCAGAUCAGUAAGCUGCAGAAGGAAUUUAAACGUCACAACUCCGAUGCUCACAGUACCACCUCAAGUGCUUCUCCAGCUCAGUCUCCUUGCUACAGUAACCAGUCAGAUGACGGCUCGGACACAGAGAUGGCAUCUGGCUCGAACAGAACGCCAGUUUUUUCCUUUUUAGAUCUCACAUACUGGAAAAGACAGAAGAUCUGUUGUGGCAUCAUCUACAAAGGCCGUUUUGGGGAGGUCCUGAUCGACACACACCUAUUCAAGCCGUGCUGCAGUAAUAAGAAGGCCGCCACCGAGAAGCCGGCGGGGCCGGGGCCAGAGCCUCUGCCCAUCUCCACGCAGGAGUGGUGACUGAGGUUCACGUAGAAGGGGAGCAAAAAGUGAUUUAAAUUUUGGAAACAAAGCAACAGAAUGACCCUAUUAUUUUUUAACUUGGAUCCCUGCUAUUCUGCCAAAAGACGAUUUCUAGAAUAGUUUCGAGUGGGUUAUUUUUCCUCCAGUUCCACAAACUCUGAAGCCAGUGUCUAGCUUACUGAAAGAAAAAAAAAAAAAAGGUGUACAUAAUAUUUAAGAUGCUGAGUAUUUCAUAGGAAAGCUGAAUGCUGCUGUAAAGUGCUCUUUAAGUCUUUUUUAAAAUCCCCUUCUAAUGAAUGGAAUUAGGGGAAUUUCAGGGGACAGAGAUGGGAUUUGUUGUAUGAUAAACGUAUGUAGUUUUAGUCUUUCUAUAUUGAGAAGCAGUGGUUGGGGCAUUUUUUAAGAUGGCUGGCUACACUUGCUUUCCUUCAUUAUAAUAAAUUUGUCAUAACUCAGUAACAUGGACUUGCCCCUAGAGGUAGUUGUUAAUAAUUUUGAAAUAUUAAGGUCUUGUCAAGGUUCUGUUGAUUCAAGCCUGUACUACUGAAUACAAAGCAGGGCAGACUAAGCUCUCUGAUGCAAAUGUCUUGAAGGAGUAAUUUCUAAGUCCACAGAGGUCACUUGACUGUAUAUGUUGCAUCCUGUGUCACCUCCCUCCAUUAUUGAUAGUUGGUAAAGAUUUUAAUUUAUAUGAAACCUCUAAAGCAGAAUCCAGGUUCCUCUUGAGGGAGACGUCAAGUCUUCAGGGUAGGCAAUCCUGCAUGAAUAGUACCAAAGCAUUACCACGUGGUAGAGAACACGCGCUCAUUACAACUGGUAGAUUAUCUGACACAUCAAAUGUGCAAGUCUUCAGGAUGGCACAGACGAAAAACAAAGGUUAAUGCUUCUUGGGGCAUGUCUCUUAGAGGGCUUGCAAGUGUGUAAAUACUUUGUGUUACAUGACUGGUGACUUCAUUGAAAAUCUGCACAAUUCAGUUUUAGCUCUGGAUUACUUCAGUUGACCUUUGUGAAGGUUUUAUCUGUGUAGAAUGGUUGUUUGACUUGUUUUGACCAGUUAGGGUUUGGGUGGGUGGGUUUUUUUUUUCCUCCAUUCUGUAUUAAAGCAAAAUUCUACUAAAAGAAGAGGGGGUGUGUGUCAAUGCUGAGUGGGCCGGUUUUGGUUUGGAUUCUGUUAGUCAGGCUUUCUGAACACUGUGGUGUUAGAUGAGACAUCCUAAAUACAUCUUCAGUUCUCAAAUCGUCAUUAAAAGCCUCUUACUUGAACCCAAACCAACGUACUAUCAUUGCCUCUUUUCUACCAGUUCAGGAACAACAGAUCACCAGUUCAGACUUCUCACAGGGAGGGAGGAUCGUUCGCCUGCCUUGUAAUAAUAAUGCAACUCAGUGCUUUUUUUUUAAGAAAACUGGAUUUGAAAGAUUGGAUCAUAUACGUGACCAUAAGGAGUGAGCCACUUUUUCUGGGCACCCUAUAGUUUUAUAGUUCUUAAUUUAAACUUAAAAUUUUAUAUUUCUUCCUUUUGGGA